UAAAAAGGUUAAAGAAAUUCUUUCCUGAAGCAGCCUCUCUAUAUAUAAUCCCACGUACAGUUAUGUUCGAUGAACAAUUCCUCGAAGAUUGCAACUUCCCAACAUGUCUGAUCUCGAAAAUCCCUCUGAAUCUGAAUUUCCUAUUCUUCUUAGAACCCGUGAAGAAGCUAAACCUUGUUUGUGUUUAUGGCUUCUCCAAGUUGCAAUCGUGAUAGGAAGUUCCUCGGUGGUAAUAUGGCUAUGUCUAACUCCAAAGAGUCCCAUUUAUAUCAUCACCGGCGCAUAUGUUCCAACCUUAGAUGGUCGGAAUUCUACAUCACUUCCCGGCCGAAACACCUCUACUAUCUUGAAUCUCAAAUUCUCAAACCCCAACAAAAAGAUGGGCAUCUUCUACAAUAACAUCAACAUAACCUUAUAUUACAGCAAUGCUGUCAUCGGCUCCAGCUCCCUGCCGGGUUUCUACCAAGGCCACAAAAAGACCACAAUAUAUGAAGUGCUUGUGAAUGCUGACCAACAGUUGGGGAAAAGAGUUACCAAUGCGACAACAGGGUUGAGGGUUUGCUUGGAAAAUGUUGUCAAAUAUAAGAUAUUCAGUUACACGACAAAGCAUCACCGGAUAUAUAAUCAAGCUCAUGUGCCGCUUGGUUCUGAUGGGAGGAUUUCAGGAGAGAAGAAUAUAAAGCUAAAAUAAAAUAUUAGUUAAGGUUUGUUUUGAGGGACUCGAACUUGAUUUUCUUGCUUCUUUUUCCUAAUUGUAGUAUACUUUAAUUUCUUCUAUGCCUCCUUAUUCUUUACUCUGUUCAGUCGGUUUGGCAACUCUGAAAGCAGAGAGCUAGCCUUCUAGCAAAAGCAGGCUGCUGCAUAUAUAUAAAUAUGAUGAUGGACUGGUUGAGUA